UGCCAGGUCAAGAAUGGCUUGUAUACAAUGCAAAUUCAAAAUGAUGAUAUGGUAAAUCGCUGGAAUGUGGCAAAGACUGAUUCAACUCUUGUGUUUUAAUGCAAUAGAAGUGACUAAGACUGGGAGAAGAGUGUAAAUGGAUCCCUCAUCACACUUAAAGGGGCGUGAAAUACCAUCUUACCAAAAUGUGGGCGGGGUUCCAAAGUUUCUGCUUAUAAAAAGGGAUUCCAGCAGAUGGAAGGUAGAGCGUAGGAGUGCCUCACACCCCAAGCCUUAACCAACUUCAUACUUUCUUGGCUGCAGUUUCUCAGGCCUACUGUCUCAGGCAUCUUCGCAAUGCCAUCAAAUCUCCUUACACCUUUUCUUGAGUUGGAUGAGGAAUUUUGCAAGACUUUUCAGAGUCUAGAAGUGCAGGAUGGGUCGCGGCGUGCAGUCGGAUUCCAGCGUAGACAUUCCCUGUGCCCGGUCACACUUCCCAACUCCAAAUUCAACAUCGUUGGAGGAGUCAUAGACCCUACAGAUGACCUCUGGUCCCUUACAAGCAUUAUCAACCAGCCAUGGAGCCGGGAACAGCUUCCGCGCUCUGCCCUACAGCGCAUCCCGUUCCGGGCUGACCGCUCUGUGAGUAUGAUCGAAGGACACGUGAGUGGCGAGUCCACCCUACCGCCUCCACCGGGCCUGUGUAUCUCCCCGCCGGGCCUGAGCGUCUCCCCGUCCUCCCCAAGAGCAACACCGGUGCCCGCUGUAUCUGCGCGCUACAAAACCGAGCUCUGUCGCACCUACGAGGAGAGCGGAGCGUGCAAGUACGGUGCCAAGUGCCAGUUUGCGCACGGCACAGACGAGCUGCGCGGCCUGAGCAGGCACCCCAAGUACAAAACCGAGCCGUGCCGUACCUUCCACACCGUGGGCUUUUGUCCUUACGGCGCGCGCUGUCACUUCAUCCACAACGCCGACGAGCAGCAGCAACAGCGGCAGGCCACGAGCACCACCAGGGAGCGCCCGCGCCUGUUGCGCCAGAGCGUCAGCUUCGCCGGCUUUUCUUCCCGAGCCACCGUGGCUGCUUUCCAGGCCCUGCCAGACCCGCUCGCGUUCACCAGAGCGUCUUCAGUGUCUCCUCCACCAUCAUCUUCCUUUUCGUGCAGCCCUGAUCUCCCGUCUCCACCACUGCUCCCAGAGCACGGAGCCUUGAAGCACGGCUUCGGGUUCACAGCAGAUAUCGCGCUCAGCGACCGGAUCGCGGCUCUGCAGCGCAGCGCGUCUGCGGACUCGCUCUCUGAUCACGACAGCUACUCGAGCUCCGGGAGCCUAAGCGGCUGCGACUCUCCUGGUGUAGAAUUAUGCAGGCGUCUGCCCAUCUUCAGCCGCCUGUCUGUCUCAGACGAUUAA